AUUCGUAAUUAUUUAUAUUUUAUACACUAUUAUUGCCUGAAAACCGUGCAUUUCCUAUACUAGAAGUUAUAUUACGUAUUAGUUCAUCAAUUAAUUCCAUCACUAUCGGUUGUGAACCGUUAUUUCGCACGAUAAUGUUAAUUGAGUAUGAGUGUUUGUGAUAAGCUUAUCAAUCCGCAUCAAGCGUCGCCGGCUCGCGCGGUGAGGACGUGUACACUACGCCCUGUGCCUUAAAUAUUUUACUCUCUCUCUACAAUAAAAAAGACAAGAUGUCCGGAGAGGGUUCAAGUGGCGAAGAAAACAAAAAGGUGGCUCUUAUCACCGGUAUCACAGGACAGGACGGUUCCUACCUCGCCGAAUUCCUCAUCGAGAAAGGCUACACCGUCCACGGUAUCCUCAGACGCUCUUCAUCCUUCAACACGGGCCGCAUACAGCACCUCUACGAGAGACCAGCGUGUCACACUGGCGGACGCAUGCACCUGCACUACGGGGAUCUCACGGACACUACCUGUUUGAUAAGCAUCAUUGUCAAGACUCGACCAAAAGAGAUCUACAAUCUCGGAGCGCAGUCUCACGUAAAAGUGUCCUUUGAACUGAGCGAAUACACAGCGCAGGUGGAUGCAUUAGGUACCCUACGUCUACUGGAAGCAGUCAGAGCCGCAGGCUUGGAAAAGGAGACGCGAAUCUACCAGGCCUCCACCUCGGAGCUGUACGGCAAAGUUGUGGAAGUUCCGCAAUCGGAGAAAACGCCGUUCUACCCGCGAUCACCUUACGCCUGCGCAAAACUCUACGGCUACUGGAUAACAAUAAACUACCGCGAGGCCUACGGCAUGUUCGCCUGCAACGGCCUCCUCUUCAACCACGAGAGUCCCCGGCGAGGCGAGAACUUCGUCACGAGAAAGAUCACCCGCGGCGUCGCGAAGAUAACUUUAGGCCUCAUGGAGUAUAUAGAGCUGGGGAAUCUGGACUGUAAGAGGGAUUGGGGACAUGCCAAGGAUUAUGUUGAGGCAAUGUGGCUGAUGCUGCAACAAGACGAGCCCGAAGACUUCGUAGUGGCCACAGGAGAGACGCACAGCGUCCGCGAAUUCGUGGAGAAAGCGUUCGCGGUCGUCGGACGGACGGUCGUGUGGCGCGGUGCCGGUGUGGACGAGACCGGACAUGACGCCAAAACUGACCAGUUGCUAAUCAAAGUGAACCCUAAGUACUUCAGGCCUACAGAAGUGGACCUCCUCCUCGGUGACGCGUCCAAAGCGAAGGCCAAGCUCGGCUGGUCGCCGCGCGUGUCCUUCCAGACGCUCGUGCAGGACAUGGUGCAGGCCGACCUGGCGCUCAUGGCCAAGGACCCGGACGCGUAGAAAACUGGGCCGUUCAAAUUAUGUGUCCCGGGUAGAUGUUGACUCCAUCGUCUCUCAUCAUCAGAGCUGUGCAGCCUGAUCUCUGGUAAUACUUAUAUUUUCAAUAAUACGUAUAUAAAUAAUACGUACUAAUAAGGGCUAUGAUUGUUAGAAAAUGCCUUAUGGCAGUAAGUCCGCUGGACUUGUAUGUUGUUACUGUGCAAUAAGAAUGAAUUAUAUAGGUAUUAUUAUAAUAUGUGUUUGUAAUGGGCAUCAGACAUUUUGCAAAUUUUGCGACGUCAGUUUUCAAGUUUUACUUAUUAUUAAUAACCAUGACCGCUUAUAUUUUGUAAAACUCGUAAAAGAUACUUAUGCAUUCUAUAAUUUAAAAACAUGGUUGUAUGUAGAAAUGAACGUUAUUUUUUUUAUGCCAAUAUAAAAAUCUUUCUCACUCAAAUGUAUCCAUCCUUCGGUGCACUUUUAAGCAGGUGCUGCCCUCUACACUUCACGCUGGCUCUAUUUCGCAUAGUAGGGUCUGCCAUCUAGUGUGUUAAAUCUAAAAAUAGAAACUUGACAUAUAUAAUGCUUCGCGUCAAUGAAUAGGGGGGCGUCUGUGCUGCCAUCUACAGUUCAUGCAUCACGCUCCCCAUAUUGGUGAUAACAUUAAAUUUAUUAAUCGAUAAUUAAUUUAAUUAUAAUAUACCUAUAUUACUUGUUCCUUUAAUGUUAGGUAUAAUUUGUAUAAUUUAAAGUAUUAUUUUAAGAAUUUAAGCAUCACAAUGUAUCUUUAUUUUUUUUAUUUUUCUUUGCCUGCUCGUAAAAAUAUGUACAGCAAAGUAUAUAAUUCUAAAAUAAUACGUCACGUCACUAUUAUAAAAUAUAUUUGCAAUAAUUAUUAUAACAUUCCGUAAAGCGCUUUAUAUAUAAAGUAGUUAGUCAACAAGAGAUGAUAGUGUUUAAUUUAUAGAAAAAUAUUUAGCUGCAUACUUCGAGCAACACCGGCUUCCGACACGUCGGAAGGGAGGAGCCCAAACGAUAUCUUACCGUAUAAAUCAUUCUGCAAUUUUUUGCGGGGGAAACGUGCACACAGGCGCACUUCUCAUUCACUACAUACAAAAUCCAAUCUGUAAUGACGACACAAAUACAUAGAAAAUGACACACGUCAAAGACAAAUCUUGCACACCUCGAUCUCUUUUUGUGUCACAACUUGCACCGCCAUAGGCACAGUUGUACCUAUGCUUCGGCAGAGAGGAAAUGGUACGAAUGCCGUCUCCCUUCCCGGUGUUGCUCGAAGGCUGCAUAACAUGAUUUUUUGUGUAAGAUAAAAAUCAUAUGAAAUAUGUUAUUCUCAUCUCUCGCUGGUCUGGCUUUAGCUGUGUAUAUAUAUUAUUGUGUAAAAUGUCGUGAAAGUAACUUUUGUAACUGAGUGAAUUACAAGAUAAAAUGCAUCUUU